GGCGCUGGCCGGUAGCGCGGGAGGCCCCCCGCGGAGGGCCUCGGUGUCAGAAACAAAUUUUUAAAUUCGAAGAAGCAAAAACUUUGGAAACAUCCAUUUCAGGGGGCCUGAAAAAUAGCAGACCUGGGCUACUAGGGAGCCCAACUCAAUGGACUUGUUCUCGGGGCAGUCGUUAUUUAUGGGGCUGGACGGGCUCGUCCCCAGUGUAGAGCCCACUGGCUGGGAGACGGGGUGGAAGCUGCCUUUCGUCAGAUGCUUAGUUUUGGAAAUCCUAUAGACAAAGAGCUUGGGGACUGGGGACGCGUUUAAACUCGCAUCGCCUAAGGACUGUGUGUAGAAUUAGGAAGGGAGAAAUGCGGAGCUGCGGGAGCUGGCAGCCGCCGUCCGGGAGAUUUGGUGGGAGUUCCCUGCCUCUCUGUUCGUCUCCCCCCACCCCCCACGGUUGCAUUUCGUUGAAACAUUUAAAUAGCUUAAAAGUACACUUUUGCUGUCUAGUGCUGAGUUGUUCCUUUCCAUUUUUUUUUUUUAAACUUCAGGGAGAAAUGGCAUCGCGUUAGAGGAAUGCCAGUAAAUAAAGCUGUCCAGGCAAGUUUAGCAAUGCACCAGACAUUGUGUGUGUUUCUGCAGAGUAGUUUUGCCCUUGAAGUUAGCAUAUAUUGCUAGCAUUUGUAAUACAACUUUUCGUUUGUGUGUACAUGUGCUGGCUAAAAAAAAAACCCCACACAUUCCAUUAACGUAUGAAACUUCUGGGGUUUGCUACAGUCUCUAUGAAUGAUUUUCACUGAAUACCUUUAAAUAUAGCUGCAGUAAGCUUGCAGGAAAAAAAAAAAAAAAGAAGAAGAAAGAAUAGGCAGUUUCUUCACGGAGGAGGCGAGGCGCUGAGCUUUCCUGUUUACCGCAAGGUUGGGGCGCGCCUGGGGGCCCACACCUCACUGCACCCUCGGACCUCCAGCACACCUGCUCCUAGAGAGUUAUUAAUAGAGCCCAGAAAUUACGCUGUCAAAUGAUUUUCGUGCAAACCUAUUUUCUUGCAUGGCAAUUAGGAGGUGGUGCUCUUUGAGCUUGGGAGUUGAGCUGGUAGACAUGGAGAUGUGCGUUCCUGCCCCCAGACUUUGCAGUUGGGUCAUCUCAGAGUAGAGAACUCAGACUGGUGGUGAGCACAGCUGAGCUGGCGGCCACUUCAGAGAGUCUUGGAGAAUUUGGAAGUCAGGGAGGAGGAGAGAGUGGGAGAGAGCUGAGGGAGGGAAUGGAGCAAAGUAACUGUCACUAUAGGGAAAGUUUUCCUCUCAUCCCGAUGGAAUUUCAUUUGGGCUGCUGUUUCUGAGGCCCACUCCAGCCAAGGAAAAGCCACACAAAAAGCCUGAAUCCCUCUCACUGAACCCUUUGCCCGUCGUGUGAAGGCAGGUUUGGAACUUGCCCUCUAGCGUUGGCCGGGAGAAGUGGCAUCCUCCAGGUUCCUGGGGGACACAGCCCUGCACUAUGGUGUCUGCCAGCAACGCGCAGGUCAAGGCUGUCCACAGUCCAGUCUCUGACUAUGUCAACUAUGAUAUCAUUGUCCAGCAUUACAACUACACAGGAAAGCUCAAUGUCAGCCAUGAUAAAGAGAGUGAUGUUAAGCUGACCACUGUGGUGUUCAUUCUUAUCUGCUGCUUCAUCAUCCUGGAGAACAUCUUUGUCUUGCUGACCAUUUGGAAAACCAAGAAGUUCCACCGACCUAUGUACUAUUUUAUAGGCAACCUCGCCCUCUCAGACCUGUUGGCGGGCGUGGCCUAUAUAGCCAACCUGUUGUUGUCUGGAGCCACCACCUACAAGCUUACCCCGGCUCAGUGGUUUCUGCGAGAAGGAAGUAUGUUUGUGGCUCUGUCUGCCUCCGUGUUCAGCCUCCUGGCCAUUGCUAUUGAGCGCUACAUCACCAUGCUGAAAAUGAAACUCCACAAUGGGAGCAAUAGCUCUCGCUCCUUCCUGCUCAUCAGUGCCUGUUGGGUCAUCUCGCUUAUCUUGGGUGGCCUGCCCAUCAUGGGCUGGAACUGCAUCGGCUCUCUGUCCAGCUGUUCCACAGUGCUGCCGCUCUAUCAUAAGCACUAUAUUCUCUUCUGCACCACGGUCUUCACUCUUCUUUUGCUUUCCAUCGUCAUCCUAUACUGCAGGAUCUACUCCUUGGUCAGGACUCGAAGCCGCAGGCUUACCUUCCGCAAGAACAUUUCUAAGACCAGCCGCAGCUCUGAGAAGUCACUGGCAUUGUUGAAGACCGUGAUCAUCGUCCUGAGUGUCUUCAUCGCAUGCUGGGCACCCCUUUUCAUCCUUCUCUUGCUGGAUGUGGGAUGUAAGGUAAAGACUUGUGACAUCCUCUACAAAGCCGAGUACUUCCUGGUGUUGGCUGUGCUCAACUCUGGCACCAACCCUAUCAUUUACACUUUGACCAACAAGGAGAUGCGUCGGGCCUUCAUCCGGAUCAUGUCCUGCUGUAAAUGUUCCAGUGGGGACUCCACUGGCAAAAUCAAGCGGCCCAUCAUCGCAGGUAUGGAAUUCAGCCGCAGUAAAUCAGACAACUCCUCCCACCCCCAGAAGGAUGAUGGGGAGAGCCCAGAGACCAUUAUGUCUUCUGGAAAUGUCAACUCUUCUUCCUAAAGCUGGAAGCUGCCAUCUUCGGGAAGUGCUCUUACAUGGCCACCCACUGCUCCCUGAAUUUGAAACAAGUCUUUGGGCCUCAAGAGGGGUCAGCAAGGAGCUGCAGGGUCCAUAGAGAGGGAGGAAGGAGGGGGAGAACUCAGAGCCUGGUGGUGCCCCAGUUGGUGGGUAGAGUUAGUUCCUGUGAACAAUGCACUGGGAAGGGUGGAGAUCAGGUUCCCGCCUGAGCCUAUUUCCUCUCCCUUUGGAGCUUUGAUUUUGCACUGAGCCAAAGGUCUAGCAUUGUCAAGCUCCCCAAGGGUUCGCUUGGCCCCUCCUCCAAGAAUAAGAUCCCCAGGAGAAAGGCUCUGUGUGUGGAGCUUGGAGGAGAUGUUUUCGUUCACUUCAGUUUCAAACACAAGUGUGUGCACUUCUGCUUGCCAAGGGAUAUUCUGCCUCUCCCACCCUCCCUUCCCCUUCACCCCAUCUCAAGAUUCUUUUACUUUAUGGUAUAACUACCUGAUGUUCAUCAGAGCAGUGAUUGUGGCUUGCUGUUCUUGGUCAUCUGUAGCAGGCAGGUUAUGUUGAGUAAAUAGGCUGUGAAGAUUUGGAGAUGGUUUGGAGAGGGAAAGCAAUUUAAUUUGCUGAGGCCAAAGUUUCCACUUAAACUGGAUUAGUUGCUUUUGGAAUUUGCUUGAAGUCACAUCGUAACAAUGAAAUGUGUUACAGUGUCAUAGCAAUUGUGGCUGUAAUCAGCAUAAGGAAGUCCAUUUUAUCUAAAUGGUAUCAACCAGGACCUUUAGUGUCAUAGGAGCAACAAACAAAGAAGGGGAAAACUGACUGGGAGUAAACGUUUGUAAAACACAAGAGAUUUCUUCAUGACUGUCUAACAAAUACAACAUCUGCCUUUGGCACUUUUGCUGAUGUUUAUUUCCAAGAGUGUAAUUCAUUUCAACCAACAAGAUGGUUAUAUUUGGUUGUGUUAAAAGUAUUUUCUAUGAUUUUUGAAUGUAUUUGUUUCUGCAAAGGUCUAUUAUUGAAUUUUUUCUAACGGUUAACACCACUGAAUGUGUUUUUCUUAAGAAAGGUCUCUUGGCCCUUAAAAGCAUUACUUUAACUUAUAGGGAACAAUGGAAUUUUUUUCAGUACAACUGUUCAUUAGAGAGUAAUUGAAGGUGUGUAUAAGUGUUACAAAAAAUAAAAAUACAUUACUGUCUUUUUAGCAUGGUUUUCAGUGCAAUUAAACCAAGAAAUGUCUUUUUUAAAAAAAUAGUAUUUAAUAGGUUUCUGACUUUUGUGGAUUAUUUUGCACAUAGCUUUAUCAACUUUUAAACAUUAAUAAACUGAUUUUUUUAAAGAA